CAGCCGGGCUGUGAAAGACAGCGGCAGGAGCCAAUCAGCGAAUCGGCCCCCGCCCCGCUCAGGCACUCGCACCACCCCGGUCGCGGCCGUUACUGGUGGCGCGCGCGGGGACUCAAAGUAGAUCAUGGAAGACACCCAGGUUAUUAACUGGGAAGUUGAACAAGAGGAGGAGGUUGAAGAGAGACCCAGUGAAUCUUUGGGGUGUAGCCUGGAGCCCCUUGGGCGACUGCGUAUCUUCAGUAGUUCCUAUGGACCAGAAAAAGAUUUCCCACUAUACCUUGGGAAGAAUGUGGUAGGCCGAAUGCCUGAUUGCUCUGUGGCCCUGCCCUAUUCAUCUAUCUCCAAACAACAUGCGGUGAUUGAAAUCUUGGCCUGGGACAAGGCGCCUGUCCUCCGGGAUUGUGGAAGCCUCAAUGGUACUCAAAUCCUGAGGCCUCCUAAGGUCCUGGGCCCUGGGGUGAGUCAUCGUUUGAGGGACCGGGAGUUGAUUCUCUUUGCUGACUUGCCCUGCCAGUACCAUCGCUUGGAUGUCCCCCUGCCCUUUGUCUCCCGGGGCCCUCUAACUAUAGAGGAGACACCCAGGGUACAGGGAGGAACUCAACCCCACAGGCUUCUGUUGGCUGAGGACUCAGAGGAAGAAGUAGAUUCUCUUUCUGAAAAGUGUGUGGUGAAAGGACCAAGGACCUCCUUUUUGGCAACAGUAGUUCCAGAGAGCGAUGAAGAGGGACCUUCCUCUGCCCUGGAUGUCCCUGGGCCACCUUUUGCCUUCAACUUGAACAGUGACACAGAUGAGGAAGAAAGUCAGCAACCAGGAGCAGGGGAGGGCUCCUCAGCUGCCAGAAGAGUCACCGCUGCAGAGACAGAACAGCCUAAACCUGUCACAACUGGAAUCCAGCUUGAAAAGGAUCAGUGUUCAGUGAAGGAGAAGAACAAUGACACGAAAGUUGAGAGGAGCGCGAGGAGUAGGGUGGUUCCAGUUGGAGUGACUCUGGAGAGGAGCCAGCCUGCUGGGGAGGACAGUGACACAGAUGUGGACGAUGAGCGCGGGCCUCUGAGAAGGCUCACUGGGGUCCAUCUGGAAAGGGCCCAGCCUUGUGGCUUCAUAGACAGUGAUACUGAUGUGGAAGAAGAGGGGAUCCCUGCGACCCCAGCUGUAGUUCCUGUGAGGAAGAGGCACAUCUUCCAUGAAGUUGGUACAGAGAGUCCUCGGGCACCUGGCGUGGCACAUCAGCAGGAGAGCCCGGCUGGUAGUGAUACAGAUAUAGAGGAGGGGGAGGCCCCCCUGGCUGUCCCUCUGGACAAAAGCCGAGCCUCCGUCGUGAUCGAUAGCAAUACAGAUGGCAAGGGGGAAGUCUCAGCAGCGCUCACACUGGCACAUCUAAGAGGGAGCCGGGCCGCUGCGUGGAACAGAGAUCCAGGGGCAGAAGACGAUAGGGCCCAACCGGUGGCCCUUCUGGAGCAAAGCCAAGCCUCUGCUGGGAGAGACAGUGACACAGACGUGAAGGAAAAGGGGCUCCCAGUGGAGAAGACAGGAACUGUUCCCAGGGGUCACACGGGCAAGGCAUAUUCAGAAAAGAGUCAUCCUCCUCUCAGGGACAGUGAUACAGAGGUGGCGGAAGAGAAGAGCUCACCAGGGUUCCACCUGGAGAGAAGCCAAGCCUCUGCCACAGUGCAUAUCAACACACAAGUGGUGGAGGAAGUCCCACCACGGCCAGCUGUUAUACUUCUGGAGAAGCAUCAAGUACCUGUAGCAUGGACACAUCAAACAGAUGUGGAAGCUGAAGGAGGCCCAGCAAAGCUGCCUGUGGUGUAUCCAGAAGAAGCCCAGCCUCCUCUCGCUGGGGACUGUGACCCAGAUGCGGAGGAGAACACAUCCUUAGCAGCCUCAGCAGUGGCAGAUGUAAGAAAGAGCCAGCUUCAGGCAGAAGAAGAUACUGGGACAGAGUGGGCUGUAGCCGUUCUUGAACAGGGCAGGGCUUUUAUGGCUGGGGCCCAGGGUGGGUCACCCGCGGCCCAAGUGGAGCAGGACCUUCUCCCUGUCUCAAGGAAUAACAUAGCAGAUCUGGUGGUGGACACAGGCACUCCAGGGGAACCCACCCAGCCACAGAGACAGGGGGCCCAGACCCCCACAGAAGGGGAGAGAGAACCACAUGUGGAUAAGACCAUGGACUCUGGAGACAACCACGAUGAUUCUGAAGAUCUGGACCUGCAAGCUACCCAGUGCUUUGUGGAGAGAGAGAAUCAGAGCCUGGAAGUCUCCAGCAUGGAGGAUGAACCCACCCAGGCCUUCCUGUUUACUCUGCCCCAAGAGCCUGGCCCUUCCCAUUGCAGCUUCCAGGCCACAGGUUCCUUGGAUGAGCCAUGGGAGGUCUUGGCUACACAGCCAUUCUGUCCGAGAGAGUCUGAAGCCUCUGAGACCCAGCCCAUUGCCACCCACAUUGAAGCCCAUGCAUCUUGCCCCUCUCCACCUACGGCAGCACCACAAGAGCAACAUCCAGAGAGUCCAGUUCAUGCAGAGCCACUGGGGAUUCAAGGCAGAGGGAUGCAGACUGUGGAGGAAGACAUGGGUACACCAAGAGAGACAGCAGAGAGGGUGACCCCUGAGAGAGGGCCAUUGGAGAGGGAAACUGAGAAACUGCCCUCGGAAGGAGAGAGGGAAGAUGUGAUGGGAGAGGAAGAAUCAACGAGGGGGAUACAGGACAGAGAACAAAAACAGGUGUUAGCUAGAGAUACUCAGAAACAAGAGUCUGACAAAAAAGUAAAAAGUGCAAGUACUGAAAGGGAUAUGGAGAGUUUGAAGGUAGAAAUUGAGACACCCGAGGAAAUACAAGAGAAAGAGAGAGAAAAGCAGACUCUUACAAGAGAAAUAUUUGACAGAGAAGCAGAGAAACCAGUAGCAGAGAGAGAGUGUGAGGCAGGUGGGUUACAAGGGAAGGUACCCAAAGUGAUGCUGGACAGAGGCCCACAGACAGGGGAGACAGAAGCGGGGGGCCAGGACCAGAAAGGCCAGGCCUCAGGUUCGACACCAGAGCCUGGAGCGGGGGCGGGAGACCUUCAGGGACUUGCUUCAGACCCCAUAGCUUCUGGGAGCCAGUCAGGUGGAGGAAGGGGUGCCCCAGUGAGCCCCAGGAGGCAGCAGAGAGGCUACUUGAAUUGCAAGAUGCCACCUGCUGAGAAGGCUUCCAGGGGUGAUCAGGAAUCCCCAGAUGCUUGUCGGCCUCCUGCACUGCAGGAGGCUUCAGCGCCUCUCCAAAACCCCCUCAUCUCUCAGAGCCAGAAACAUCCUGCCCCUCAGUCCCUCCUUUCGCCCUCUCCACCUCCUUUAGAACCGCCCAUUCCCAGGACCAGACAAAAUGAGAGUCAGGAAGCUCUGGAGACUCCCUUUUCCUCAGAGCUGGACUCUCUUCACCCAAAACCCAAAGUCAAGCCCCAAGGGUCCUCUCCAGUUUCUUCUGUACCCCUUGAGCCCCACCCUACCGCCUCCACAGACCAGCUUGUCACCCCCAAGCCCACAUCUCGGGCCACUCGGGGCAGGACACUUAGGUCCUCUGUCAAAACCCCUGAACAAAAUGUCUCCACAGCCCCUGAGCUCCAGGCUUCUGCCCACACAGACCAGGCUGUCACCCCCAAACCCACAUCUCGGGCCACUCGGGGCAGGACACAGAGGGCUUCUGUCAAGACUCCCAAACCAGUUAUCUCCACAGCCCCUGAGCCCCAGCCUUCCACUCCCACAGACCAGCCUGUCACCCCCAAACUCACAUCUCGGGCCACUCGGGGCAGGACACAGAGGGCUUCUGUCAAGACUCCCAAACCAGUUAUCGCCACAGCCCCUGCGCCCCAGCCUUCCACUCCCACAGACCAGCCUGUCACCCCCGAACCCACAUCUCAGGCCACUCGGGGCCGGACACAGAGGGCUUCUGUCAAGGCUCCCGAACCAGUUAUCUCCACAGCCCCUGAGCCCCAGCCUUCCACUCCCACAGACCAGCCUGUCACCCCCAAACCCACAUCUCGGGCCACUCGGGGCAGGACACAGAGGGCUUCUGUCAAGACUCCCGAACCAGUUAUCUCCACAGCCCCUGAGCCCCAGCCUUCCACUCCCACAGACCCGCCUGUCACCCCCAAACCCACAUCUCGGGCCACUCGGGACAGGACACAGAGGGCUUCUGUCAAGACUCCCGAACCAGUUAUCUCCACAGCCCCUGAGCCCCAGCCUUCCACUCCCACAGACCAACCUGUCACCCCCAAACCCACAUCUCGGGCCACUUGGGGCAGGACACAGAGGGCUUCUGUCAAGGCUCCCGAACCAGUUAUCUCCACAGCCCCUGAGCCCCAGCCUUCCACUCCCACAGACCAGCCUGUCAUCCCCAAACCCACAUCUCGGGCCACUCGGGGCAGGACACAGAGGGCUUCUGUCAAGACUCCCGAACCAGUUAUCGCCACAGCCCCUGCGCCCCAGCCUUCCACUCCCACAGACCAGCCUGUCACCCCCGAACCCACAUCUCAGGCCACUCGGGGCAGGACACAGAGGGCUUCUGUCAAGACUCCCGAACCAGUUAUCUCCACAGCCCCUGAGCCCCAGCCUUCCACUCCCACAGACCAGCCUGUCACCCCCAAACCCACAUCUCGGGCCACUCGGGGCAGGACACUUAGGUCCUCUGUCAAAACCCCUGAACAAAAUGUCCCCACAGCCCCUGAGCUCCAGCCUUCUGCCCACACAGACCAGCCUGUCACCCCCAAACCCACAUCUCGGGCCCCUCAGGGCAGGACACUUAGGUCAUCUGCUAAGGCCCCUGAACCAGUUGUCCCCAUAACUCCUGAGCCCCAGCCUUCCACCUCUAAAGACCAGUCUCUCACCCCUGAGCCCACAUCUCAGGCCACUCGGGGCAGGACACAAAGGUCCUCUGUCAAGACAUCCCAGCCAACUGAACCCACAGCUCCUGACCUUGAACCUUCGUCCCCCACAGAGCAGCCUGUCACCCCCAAAGUCAUAGCUCAGGGUGGUCAGAGCAGGACACUAAGGUCUUCUACAGUAAGUGCUGUGCCAGUUCCUGCCGCCCCUGAAUCCCACUCUCCAGUGCCCACAGGAGAGCCUGUUCCCCCUGAGCCCAUGCCUGAAGCCAAUUGCAGCAGGAGGCCAGGGGCCACUAGGAAACAUGGGUCUCUCACAGCUCACGUUCAUGAACCCUACUCUGCACCCUCCGAACCUAACUCCCAGUCUUCAAGGAACCAGAGACGAGGGGCAGUGAGAGCAGCCGAGUCCCUUAGCACCAUUCCUGAGCCUGCCUUUGCCCAGCUUCCCGAGGCACCCACUCGUGCUCCCCAGAUCCCAAAGGGGGAGGCAGCAGAUAGAUCUGGCUUCACCCCAGAGCCCCAGCCUGAGGCCUCUCAAAAUCGCAAGAGGCCUUUAGCUACUGCGGACUCACCUCCACUUCAAAAACGGCUCCAAAGAGAAGCUCCCCAGAAGACAGCAUUCCUCAAGGAAGAAGAAGAAAAUCCUGCAGCGAAGCUGAGGAAGGAAGAGGAUGUAGUGAUUCCAGGACCAGGCAAGAGAAAGAGAGAGCAGACAGAGGAGGAGCCCCGGGAAAUACCAAGCCGCAGCCUGCGACGGACCAAACCUCUCCAAGAGUCCACGGCCCCCAAAGUGCUCUUCACAGGCGUGGUGGAUGCUCAUGGAGAGCGGGCAGUGCUGGCCCUGGGGGGCAGUCUGGCCAGCUCAGUGGCUGAGGCUUCCCACCUGGUGACAGAUCGGAUCCGCCGGACAGUCAAGUUCCUGUGUGCCCUGGGGCGGGGCAUCCCCAUCCUCUCCCUGGACUGGCUGCGCCAGUCCCACAAGGCAGGUUGCUUCUUGCCCCCGGCUGAAUAUGUGGUGGCUGAUCCUGAGCAGGAGAAGAACUUUGGCUUCAGCCUUCGGGAGGCCCUGAGCCGGGCUCGGGAGCGAAGGCUGCUGGAGGGCUACGAGAUUCACGUGACCCCAGGAGUCCAGCCACCACCACCUCAGAUGGGAGAGAUCAUCAGCUGCUGUGGAGGCACCGUCCUACCCAGCAUGCCCCGGUCCUAUAAGCCUCAGAGAGUUGUGAUCACAUGUUCCCAGGACUUCCCUCGAUGUGCCAUUCCAUUUCGGGUUGGGCUGCCCAUCCUCUCACCUGAGUUCCUGCUCACAGGAGUACUAAAGCAGGAAGCCAAGCCAGAGGCCUUUGUCCUCUCCAGUUUGGAAGUGUCAUCCACCUGAAAACCCCACCCCAGUAUGCUUUUCCUCCCAGACCAAUAUAUAAAGUGUUAGAAAUAUUUGGAAGAAAGAACUUAGGGCUUUAGAAAGGAUUGGGGUGUACUGAUCUGAUUUGUCUUGGAACAUGGGUGGGGCUGAAAAGCUUGCUGGUAAACAAACACAGGGAGAUUGGGAGCCACAGUUUUCUUAAAUGGCCUCUUAAAGUCGGUCAAUCCUGUGCUCAGAUAUCUUAAGUCGCCGCUCACAUUUAGCCGGACUGAUGUGCUUAUUGCUGUAUGGCGCGCACAGUGUCCUGCUUCCUGUUUGGAAACCAUUUGUUUCUCCUCUUCUUUUCUUACUGGGAUUCUUACCCUGCAAAAGAUAGUGGAAACAAUUUUAGUGUCCAGAACUUGAAAGAAUGCUUGGAGUGAGUAAAUUUGAGGGUGGAGUUAUGGAAUGCUACUAAAAUAUUUUCCCCUCUCCUUGCCCCAUCUCGUUAGAAGCAUCCUUUAGCUUUGACGUUGAGCAAAUCUCUGCCCUUUUUUUUUUUCCUGGCCUGCUUUUCCAGUAUUUAUAAAGUUAGCUUAGGCUUAACCUCUGUGAUAAAUAAAUAUUCACUAUGUGCCUUA